GAAAGCCUUCGAUUCACUAUCAGGCGCGCCCUCACCUCCGAUUCACCUUCGCCACUCACCUUCCCUACUCACCGUCGCUCCUUCACCACUCACCACUCACGACUUCGCCACUCACCGUCAGCUGCGCCCUCCUGCAUUGAUCGUCAGCUGCCCCCUCACCAUCCUCGUCUCUGCGCUCACAUCGUCGAGAAGAUGAGUGUUGCGUGUACACAUCCUGGUUCAUUUGGAAACUUGUGUAUACUUUGUGGGCAAAAGUUGGAGGGUGAAUCUGGUGUGAAAUUUGGCUACAUACACAAGGGACUGAGACUUUAUGAUGAGGAGAUAUCUAGACUGCGCAACACAGAUACGAAUAAUUUGCGUAGUCGUAGCAAGUUGUACUUAGUGCUCGAUUUAGAUCACACUCUAUUAAAUUCCACUCAUCUUGCUCAUUUAAACUCUGAAGAGUUGCAUUUAAUUUCCCAGGCAGAUUCUCUUGGAGGUGUUUCCAAGGGUAGCCUUUUCAAAUUGGACAAAAUGCAUAUGAUGACCAAGUUGAGGCCUUUUGUCCGCACAUUUUUAAGAGAAGCAAGUGAAAUGUUUGAGAUGUACAUAUACACCAUGGGUGAUCGACCCUAUGCAUUAGAGAUGGCCAAGCUGCUUGAUCCUCAAGGAGAAUACUUCAAUGCAAAGGUGAUUUCUCGAGAUGAUGGCACUCAAAAGCAUCAGAAGGGUCUUGAUAUUGUGUUGGGGCAAGAAAGUACUGUUGUAAUUCUUGAUGAUACAGAACAAGCAUGGAUGAAGCAUAGAGAUAAUUUGAUUUUGAUGGAAAGAUAUCACUUUUUUGGUUCAAGUUGCCGGCAGUUUGGUUUCAAUUGCAAAUCUUUAGCUGAAUUGAAGAGUGACGAAGACGAAGCUGAAGGAGCACUUGCCAAAAUCCUUAAAGUUCUUAAACAAAUUCAUUACAAAUUCUUUUAUGAGCUUGAAGAUAUUGCUGAACGAGAUGUAAGAGAGAUUUUAAAAUCAGCUCGAAGGGAAGUCUUGAGCGGAUGCGUGAUUGUUUUCAGCCGUAUUUGUCAUAGAGCAUUACCAUCACUCUGGAAGAUGGCUGAGCAGUUGGGAGCCACUUGUUUAAUGGAACUUGACCCCUCCGUGACACAUGUGGUGGCUACUGAUGCCGGAACUAUGAAGGCGCAGUGGGCAGUGAAAGAGAAGAGGUGGUUGGUUCAUCCCCGAUGGAUAGAGACUGCAAAUUAUUUUUGGGAAAAGCAACCUGAGAAGAACUUCGUCCUCAAGAAAAGGCAGUAGUAACUAGUAACUAUUCUUGUAGCAUCAUACACUUUGUUAUGUUCAUAGUUUGUUUAAAUGUUAUA